AGUAAUUCUGUGGGAAAGAUGGCGGAGAAGGAGCAGCUGAGGCGACAGAUUCGCCUCCUUCAAGGUCUCAUUGAUGACCAUAAAAACAUUCAUGGGAAUGCACCUGUUCCCCCGCCUACUCUUAGAUGGAGGAAUCCCAGACCUGCCUUUACUAACCGGGGUUCAUUCUCUACGCGAUAUUCUCAGCAAACACAGAGAGAUUUUCCACCUUGCCAGACCACUGCCAAUACCUGGAGAAAUAAAUACUCUCUUGUCAACGUACAGCCUCGACCAACACCUUCUUCUGGAAGCAGUGUUUCUGCAAGGACUUCAUGGACUACAAUGAGCCAUGGAAGCAGUGGGGAAGCUGAGCCACAACGGGUGCUUUCAGAAACAAAUGAAGGAGCCACAAUGGACAGGACUGUUGCACAACUUCAGGCUGCUUUAGCAGCUAGCAGUACUGCUGAACCAAAAUCACAAAGAGGUCCUUCAGCAACAUUAGGAGCUCCUGCUGCUUUUCAAGGACGUGUAAGCAGCAGUGCUUCGACUUCAAAUAUUGACUUUAAAAAAAGCAAAGAACUGCCAUAUUUACCGGAUUUCAAAACUGUGCCUAGGAGCAGGGAUAAUGAUGCUCCUAAGGCACGUCAGAAAGUACCUGUGACUUCAGAAGCCAUUCAGGGAGUGUCAGAACUUGCCCCCAGCUUGUGCAGGACUAUCAGUGAGAGCGCCAUUGCUUUAAAAUCUGAGCCUCAACAAUCUCUUAUUGUGCUUGAUCAUGAGUCAAGUUACUUGCCAAAGAGGAAGACACCAGCACUACAAGCACCACUUUUGCACCGUUCCCAACAACCCCCUGGGGCGAAAGGCAAAGCCAACCCCUUGAAGGUUGUGGAUACACCUGUUGUUUGCACUAAGUCAGCAUGCAAGGCACCUUCAACACCUGGAAAGAAUCUCUCUGAGAGAAAGCAUUCAGCACCUACUGUCCAAAAAACUCCUGUCUUGCCAAGCUCCAUGAAAUCUCCAAGGUUCAGGAAAGCAAACUAUACCUGGGUGGCGAACCCAAGUAAAUCCCCUCGGACUGUGAAAAGAUGGGCUACUUCCAGAGCCUGUGAGAAUGCACACAAAUUUUCUGUGAGUUCAAAGGCAGCUGCCAAGUUACAGCCCAGAGGGGAGUUGGGAGUGAAGCAGAAGAAGCCUGGCCUUCAUUCAAAGCUUGGGGUGUCCUCCAGCCAGUAUAAAUGGAAGGCAUCCAGUCUCCAGUCUUCUCCUUCCACAUCCACGUCUUUGUUUACGUGGCAUCAUAAGGAGCACGAUGGGGCUGGAGUUUCCCCCAGUGUGGAUGCCAGCUCUUCCCUUCAGCUAGCAAGACGGAUGUCUCUUGGUCAUGGGGCACCAAGGCCAUCCUGUGGGAAUUCGGGCUUUUACAAAUUGAAAAGCCGGACUAAAAUCAUCAGGAGAAAAGGAAAUGCCUGCUCUCCAGUUGACAAGAGGAAUGCUGCCUUCUCCACUGUGGUCCUCAAAAGCCGCUAUUCCCUCAGGAAAAAGAGCUCUCCUCGGGGAAAGCCCUCUCCCACGGCAAGGAGGGCUGGGACUAAGGGCCUCGUGCAAAUCGGGAAGCACAGGUUGUGCCGACUGCCAGCAUCGCGGGCCCAUGCUUCGCCCAAAGACGGUAAGGGCAAAUUUGGAAGCAGUCUCCUUUGGUUUGGUCCUUCCAUUAUCAUUGUAUUAUGAAAACACCCCUCUUUCUUGCUUUUUUCAAGAACCAAUUCAAAACAUUUCUGUUCAGACCAUCUUUCAGUGAUGGAAAUUAACCCUGACUGAUAGA